UUUCUAUGAAUAACAUGUCUGCAGUUGCAGUUAUUAUAGGAAAUUGCAGAAAAUUUCAAGUUUCUGUUAUCUAUUGCUUCUGUUUUCAUUGUUCCUCUAUCACUCCUUCUACGAAUUCUGUUGAAAGCAAGUGAGAGCCUCCAUCUCUGCAGGAAGACAAGAGACCACCACAGGAUAAAAAUCCCAGCUGCUGGUAUAGACAAGAUGGAAGCCAAUGUCACCAGCCCUCUAAAUGUAUCUGACACGAUGCAUUCUCAGUCAACUGGCAACACUGUUUUGUGGAUCCUCCCAUUGGUGAUACUCCCAGUCACCUUUGUCCUUGGUGUACUGGGCAAUGGGCUGGUGAUCUGGGUGGCUGGGUUCCGGAUGAAACGCACAGUCACCACCAUCUGCUAUUUGAACUUGGCCUUAGCUGACUUCUCCUUCAGUGUUACCUUACCUUUCCAAAUUGUCUCCAUGGCCUUGGGACAAUAGAUUUUCGGCUUGUUCCUGUGUAAGUUAGUUUACAUUGUGGCAGACAUAAACCUUUAUGCAAGUGUCUUUAUAAUUGGUCAUAUUGCUCUGGAUCGCUGUAUUUGUGUCUUGCAUCCAAUCUGGGUCCAGAACCACCGAACUGUCAGCCUGGCCAAGAAAGUUAUUGCUGGAAUCUGGAUCCUUGCCCUCGUCCUGACUUUGCCAGUUUUCAUCUUCGUCAAGACAGGUGAACUUGAUGAGAAAAUACGGUGUAACAUGUUCUGGGGAUCAACCGAUGAAGAGAGGAGAAAGGUGAUCACUGUAGUUAAUAUGGUCAGAGGGAUCAUCCGGUUAGUUAUUGGCUUCAGCAUGCCCAUGUCCAUGGUCAUCAUCUGCUAUGGGCUCAUUGCGGCCAAAAUUCACAGAAAAGGCAUGAUGAAUUCCAGCCGUCCCUUUCGGGUCCUCACUGCUGUUGUGGCUUCCUUUUUCAUUUGUUGGUUCCCCUUUCAAUUGGUUGGACUCCUAAGAACUGUCUGGCUGAAAGAGCCAUCUAAAUACAACAUGCUUAGUCCUCUAAUCUACCCAACAAUGUCCCUGGCCUUCUUCAACAGCUGUAUAAACCCAAUGCUCUAUGUUUUUGUGGGCCGGGACUUCCGAAAGCGAUUGAUGCAAUCCCUCCCAACCAGUCUGGAGAGAGCCCUCAGGGACGAUUCAACCCAGACCAUUGACUUAGCCACCAACUCUUCUGCACCUGCUGCAGAAGUUGAAUUAAGGUCAAUGUAAAGAAAGGAAUUCAGUUUUGUCCCUAGUCCAACCUGGAUCUCACUUCUGGCUUUAUCUUGCCUGGAUCCAGUCAACUGAUUAUUUGAUCUGGAAAAACACUUCUGUGUUUCCUGAUUUGCAGAAAGAAAAAAAAAGACUAUAAAUUUCCCGUAUUGACAUCAUUUGUGUGUGUGUGUGUGUGUGUGUGUGUGAGUGUGUGUGUGUGUGUUUGUGUGUGUAUGUGUGAUCAUCAUGUACCCUGCACUAAGUGGAUGUAGUGGUAGAAAAAAAAGCACAAUGUUAAUUUGUUAUGUUGAGAAAAUAGAGGACAAUAAAACUUUAUUAUUUCACUACAAUGAAAUAAUAGAUUGGGGAAAUAGAAGACAAUAAAACUUAUUAUUUCAAUAAAACUUUAUUAUUUCACGCU